AAUCAUUACUCAUAUUUUUCAAAAUCAUAGUCUAAUCCCAAAUCAAAAAAACCAUGCUACAUCGCAACGACCAAACACUCAUUGAAAAAUAUGAGAAAGCUACAGAAGCACUUAUGCAAGAAGAAGGAGCGAGGAGUGACGAGGAAGCAAAGUGGAUUGCAGAAGACGAGAACAUUCAGUCAAUCAUUUGCGAACACGAAGAGGUGGCUGUUCAACUGAACGCGCUUUUGAACGAAAUUGAUCGUUUGAAGGCAUUUCAUUUGAUGGACACCCCUUGCUCCAGUGAUAUUUUUUCUGCGGCCGUUGCACUUACUACUGAAGCCACCGAAAGUAACAGAGAAGCUACGAUGAUGGGUGAAGUCCGCGCUUUGAACAAGGCUAUGGAGAAGGAGUAUCAGGAACGCCUUGCUCGUAUUGCCGAGAGGUCCAACGCGCCUGUAGACGCUCUGAAGCACUUGAAACCACCAUUCAUUCGCAAAAAUACUGGCGGGUUUUCUGGCUUCAACGUCUUUCAGAAACGCCCUUUUGAUUCUGAUGAAAAAGCAGAAUUGAAAGUUAACAAAAGAUCAAUCGGAAACAUCCAGGCGCGCAGAGGGGCAAUUUGGAGGGAGAUGGAUGAAGAUGCCCGGAAACCGUAUGAGGACAAGGCACAAAAGUUGAAUGAGGAGAUGAUUGGUACGCAGAAGACCAUGCGAGACAGGUACCAUCGCCUCAUACCUGCUCUUGAGAAAAAUCUCACCAUGCUGAGGGAUGAAUGUGGUGUAGAAAGCAUUUGCUUUCUUGCACCAAGCAAAACGGACGGCGUCAUCAAGCCUUAUAGGGAUGGCUAUGGCUCUGGUAAUACAACUUCUUAAUGAUAUGUGAAGGAAACCAUCUAAUUGAAACGUUUAGUUGGCGGAGGCCAUUUCUAUAAGCUGAUGCAGCAUGGUGAAGUCGAACUUACCAGUCGGUCGUUCAUUGACGA